AUGGCACCGUCGGAAAAGAUGGGUUACCCGGAGGAGCAGCCUUUAAAAGAUAAAGCGAUCCCGAAAAAGAAAACCUUUAGAGAAAAGCUUGCAUCAAUCAGAGAAAACAUAACCGUUGAACCUGUUUUGGCUUGCUAUGUGGUCCCGGGAAUGCUGUCAAGAUUGGCAACACAGAACCUCAACCUGGACAAAGCAUGUCGGGUGAACAUGAAGUUUGGCGAUAAGGUUUGCGAUGCACUGAUUGCUAGAGAAGGAAAUAAGUACCUGAAAGAAGAACUGGCGAUCCAAGAGCUUAUAGCAGGGAUGGAGAUGUGGAAGAGCGUUCUUCUGACUGCGUUACCAAGUUUCCUAAUCCUCUUCAUGGGAGCCUGGAGCGAUCGAACAGGGAAGCGAAAGAUCUGCAUUCUUCUACCAAUUAUUGGGGAUCUCCUGACGUGUAUUAGCAGUAUACUCAAUGCAUAUUAUUUCUACGAGCUGCCGGUGCAAGUGACUAUGUUUUUUGACGGAUUCUUCCCGGCCAUUACGGGAGGUUGGAUCACCACAUACAUGGGUAUCUUUGCGUAUAUCAGUGACAUUUCUAGUGAGGAGUCCAGGACGUUUAGAGUGGGGAUAGCUAACCUGUGUUUGACAGCCGGAGGUCCAAUAGGGUCAGUUCUCAGCGGGAUUCUGCUGAAGCUCACUGGGUACUACGGAGUAUUUACCAUCAGUUCUUUGCUUUACAUCUUCAGUAUUUAUUAUGGAUUCAUUUGCAUAAAAGAUCCGGAGCGGCCUAUUACUGAGAAACCAAAGCAGAAUGAAUCGACCGACGUAAGGGGCUUCCUAAAGUCCUUUUUCGACAUAAAACACGUGAAAGACACUCUAACUGUCGCAUUCAAAAAUGGACCUAACAAACGGAGGAUAAAGUCCAUUUUGGUACUGGCAUCGAUCACAUUUAUAUAUGGCCCGUCUCAUGGUGAGAAUACCGUACGGUAUCUGUUUACUCGGUACCGUUUCAACUGGGAUGCGCUGAAAUACAGUUUUUACAGCACUUUCUUUAUUUGCAUCCACUCGCUUGGAGCGUUAAUAUCAAUAAGUCUGUUCAGCCACCGGCUACAAUGGGACGAUUCAGUCUUAGGUCUGAUCUCCAACUUCAGCAAGAUAAUCGGAGGCCUUUACACUGGCCUCGCUAGGAAUACUAGAGACAUGUAUGUUGCGGUGGCUAUUGAGAUGUUCAACGCCACCUCGUUUACCGCACUCAGGUCGAUCUCUUCCAAACUAGUUACAAGUGAUGAACUAGGUAAAAUGACAUCGUUCUUCAAUCUGAUGGAGGUGGUGACCUCCAUGGUAUUCGGCCCUAUCUACUCCUGGAUAUAUAUGUGCACCUUGGAGAUAGAUGCUGGUAUCGUGUAUUAUGUUAGCACGGUUCUUACAGUGCCACCGCUGUUGUUUUUUGCCUGGUUCUUCAUACAAUAUCGGAAAGAUGUUGCCAGAUCAAAAGUUGCAGAUGGAGAAAAAAAUAUACCUGAAUUGCAAAAUAAUAAGAAAAAGGAUUCACUCAUUAACAGCAUUGAUUUGGAACAUGAAGCCAUAUUUGUCGAAUAA